AUUGGUAAUCAAGCAGCUGUUUCACAUAGAAUAUCAAAUGAGCUCUAUUCUGCGAAAAUUUUGAAAGAUACAGACAUGGGAGGGCAAGAACAUGCCAAAUUCCAAGAAGCUGCUCUUUUAUUUAAAAAAGCUGAGGAAAUAGUGGAGUCAGUUUUACACUUGGCUCUAGAAGAAAUAAUAGCAAAACAAGCAGUUGGUGUCUGCCAGGUUUGUGGGAGCAAGGAUAGUUUAAUAAAUCUGGAUGCUCUAAAUGAUCAGCAAAUGGGAACUGUACAGCUGGAAGCAGAAGAAAUCCAGUCAGCUGUGCAAUCAUUAGAGCAGUUUAAUGAGAACCAUGCAGGAAGCUCCUCUUCAUGUAAAGAAAAGGAAACAGUUGAUACAAAUAAUCAAGAUGAACAGAUUCCUUUUUACAUCCCUGAUAAAAUUGACCUACAUAGUUCACUGGCACUGAAAGCAAGAGAAAUAAUUGACGAAGUUAUUAACUCAGCCAAACAAAAGCUGACAUCCAAUCAAUGGCAAGGCAGUGAGAAUAGAAAGCCUUCUGAAAAGCUUGAGCCUAACCCUAAGGCUGAAACUCCAAAGAUUUUAAAUCUAGAUAUUAAAUUAUCUGCCAAAACACAGAAAUUAACCAAAGAAACAACAGAGAAAAUGGAGGCUCGAAGUAGAAGCACUGAAAAAGCAAAUUACUCAAACUUGUCUUCAUUGCCAAAUAGUAUGGAAAAUGGUGUACAUUACCACAAAGGAGGUGAAGUAAUACCAAAUAAUAUAUUUACAUGCCAAACAAACGGGUUUCUUUCUAAUGGCAGUUUAGCAAAGCCAGAAUCUGACCUUACACUAGUAGCAAAAGAGAAUACUGAAAAGGUAUAUGGAAAUAUGACUGCCACAGAGAUUUGUGGCAAAGAUAGAGUAUUGGCAACCACUAGCAAAUCUGACGUGCCUUUACCUUUGAUAAAUAAACAUGCUGCUGUGGCUAAAGAGGUGUUUCUGCCUUUGCACUCAAUAGACUCAUGCAAUAGUACAAAUAYGCCAGAGUGCACGUUGCGGCCAACUGUAAAUGUUAAUGUGUCGUCUUUUAUGCGUGAUGAGGAAGAUGUGAGCAUGCAGAGUGAAUCCAGAGACAAAAGCAGUCCUCAGAGUUCUCUGGAAAGCAUUGCAGAGAAAACUCUGUAUGAGCCCUGUGAAAGAGAGGCUGCAGAAGACGUAUCUGCAAAAGUAAGAGCAACUUUGGAAGAUGUAAAGGCAGAGAGUAAAGAAGAGUUGGCAGAAGGAGCAAGUGAGGUAACACAGGUUGAUGUUGGAUUAAAUACACAGUCCACUGCAUCUGACUUGCCUGCUCUUGGAGAGGAUGGUGAAGGGGAAAAUCAUCUCAACUUUGCCCAAGAUAAUGAGACUCUAGAGCAGGUAAAAAAGGAAGAUGGUGACAUGCAAAAAGAUGGUCAUCUCAAAGAAAAUGUCUUGGACUGCAGUGAUGACUUGGAGGAAUCAGAUCUUUUGUCCAUCUCUCCACCAGUUGAACAGAGAGAAAACAGUUCUUUUACCAUAAUUUAUGAAGAUGCUCUUCAAACUGAGAACAAAUCUGUGUCCRCUGAUGAGAUGCAGACCAGCUCCCUCUCUUCUGACCUGUCUUUACAUAACAUAGGUCAUCUCCUGAUGUGUGAAAGAGCGGAGAGCAACCAUGAACCAGCCCAUCCUUAUGAAAGGAAUAACAAACUGAAUGAAGCAAUGGAGAGCCGUAGCUCAGAGUCCUUUCUGAGUGUAGAGGCCAAGCGCUACAGGAUAUAUCCUUUUUCCCUGUCUCCCAUAUAUGAAGAUGACAGCUCCCAAGAAGACCUGCUCUCUCCAGAUGUGUCACCAGAAGGCCUUCCUAGCGGGGUAUCUAAAGAUAAUACUGACCAUUCUUCUGUGCUGUCCCUUCUUCAGUCCGUUUCGGAGCGCUUGCAGUUUACUGCUCAGCUUAGUGAAGAGGAGGAGGAAGGGGAGGAGGAGGAAGAGGAAUUAUUUUAUGGAGAAAAUAUUCUUGAUGCUAACAGCGAAGAAGAAUGUGUGUCCAGCCAGUGGACAGGGAAUUUAAAAACGGCCUCUCAGUCAAAUGACCGAAAUAGGUCUUUGUUUCCUGAAGAAACACCUUUCCUUUCAAAAGAGCAGCUGAACUCUAUGGAGCAGCCAGAAGUGUUUCCAGGUGCUGCUUUUCCCAGUCAAACAUGUUCUGAGGCAGUUUCACAGAAAGUUGAUGCUGCUGUAAAGCUUUCUUCUACAAGCGUGUAUUACCAAUAUUUGCAAUCUGCCAGAAAUUACUCCACGGAGAAGGGAGCCCAGUUUGGAAGCCUUCUGCAGGAUAUGUUGCAGCCCAAGAGUCGCKGGUCCCAGGAUUAUGCCUUGCCAAAACUGGGAGACUUGGCAGCGAACUUCAUUGACAGGGCAAGUUUGAAAUACAAUCCAAGGCCAGGAAAGAUUAUUAUUUAUGACAUUCAUGGCGACAAAAGUAAACAAGAAAUUCAUUCUGAUGUGCUAGAUACCACAUCCUGGAUCUUUCCAAUUGGAGCAUUACUUAGGAUAAUUAGAGGAUGCUGGAUAUUUUAUGAGAAACCAAACUUCCAGGGUCGGAAAUACGUAUUAGAAGAAGGAGAAACAGUCCUGGAUCUCCUUUGGGAUCUUCCAGGCAUGAAACAUCGUCGACGAAAUCUCAUAGUUGGUUCAAUCAAACAUGUGACAAAGGUAUGGACUUUGUUAAUAUAUUGUGUCACAUUCAGACUUAAUUCCUGCUGGCAAUAG